AUGAAACUCGCCGGAGCUAGCUCCCGCUGUUUCACCACCCCGAAGACCUCUGAACUCACCUUUCCGGUCGUCCGUGAUCCGAUCAGGGAGCUCCACGCGUAUUUCAUCAGAACCCACCAACACAGAAACCCGAAAAUAAUGUCACAAAUCAUCAAAUCAUACGCCCUCUCUCAGAAAUCUACACACAACGCCUUCUCAGCCUUUUCCGAUAUUGACCGUCCCACGCUGCCCGUUUGGAACCACAUGAUACGAGGGCUUGCCCAGAGCCAUUGUCCGGCCCACGCCCUUAACAUGUUCGCGAAAAUGCGCGCGUAUGGAUUGCCCGGCGAUAAUCUCACAUUUAUAUUCUUGUGCAAAGCUUGUGCCAAGGCUAAUGACAUAUUAGUCGGCAAAAUAGUUCACACGAGUGUCCUGAAACUCGGGUUUGGGUCGUACCUUUAUGUGCAAAACGCGUUGGUUCACAUGUAUGGCUUUUGCGGCGAAUUGGGUUUCUCGAGGAAGGUGUUUGAUGAAAUGACCGAAAGGGACUUGGUUUCUUGGAACUCAAUAAUCUGUGCGUACAGUCAGUGUGCUAAAUACAAGGAGGUUUUGGGUCUUUUUAACAUGAUGAUGUCGGUAAACGUGAGGGCUGAUGCCGUCACCUUGGUGAAAGUCGUCUUGGCUUGUAAUUAUCUAGGCGAGUGGAAACUUCUGGAUUUCAUAUUAGAAUAUAUCGAGAAUAAUCAUGUAGAAGUCGAUGUGUAUUUGGGGAACACAUUGAUCGACGUGUGCGGGAGGCUUGGCUCGAUUAAGUUGGCUUGGAAAUUCUUUAACACGAUGGCCGAGAGGAAUCUUGUUUCGUGGAAUGCCAUGAUUAUUGGGCUUGCGAGGUCUGGGGAUUUAGUUUCGGCCAAGAAAUUGUUUUAUGACAUGCCUGAGAGAGACGUUGUCUCAUGGACUUCAAUGAUCAUUGGGUACUCUCGGGCUAGCCAAUAUAAUGAUGCCAUUACACUUUUCCAAGAGAUGAUGAUGCAUAGAGUCGAGCCAGACCGGGUUGCAAUCGCCAGCGUGCUCUCGGCUUGCGCACACUUAGGGAGGCUCGAUGUGGGCCGAGCUAUCCACGAUUACAUCAUCAAUAAAAAGGUGAAAUUGGAUAUCUACGUCGAGAAUGCUUUGAUUGACAUGUACUGCAAAUGCGGUUCGGUCGAGAAAGCAUUGGACGUUUUCGACAAUAUGAAAGAGAAAGACUCCAUUUCGUGGACUUCGGUCAUCUCGGGCCUCGCGGUCAACGGAGACUCUAACAGGGCCCUUGGGCUGUAUUCGCAGAUGAGGAGAGAUGGGACGAGACCAAUACACGGGACUUUUGUUGGGAUUUUGCUGGCGUGUGCUCAUUCAGGCCUCGUGGAUAGAGGUUCGGAGUAUUUCGAGAGCAUGCAGAGAGAUUUCGGGCUCGUACCCGAAAUGAGGCACUAUGGAUGCAUGGUGGAUCUUUUGUGCCGGGCAGCUAAUCUGUCGAAGGCGUACGAGUUCAUAGAGAGCAUGCCCGUUGAGCCUGAUGUUGUGGUGUGGAGGAUAUUGUUGAGUGCUUGUAUGGUUCACGGUGAUUUGGGUUUGGCCCGGAUUGCAUCCGAGAAGCUUCUGGAAUUGGACCCAAAUAACGGCGGGAAUUACGUGCUGUCAUGCAACUCGUAUGCUGGUGCUGGAAAAUGGGAGGAUGCUAUAAAGAUGAGGGAGUGGAUGAUGGAUAGAGGUGAUGUCAUAAGGCCCUUGGGUUGGAGUUGCAUAGAGACGGGUAACGAGAUUUUGGGAACUGCCAUUAAAUAG